CGUCGCUUCAGUACUGACUCAACACGGCGACUCGUGCUUCUCAGCGAAGAACGAUGUCGUCGCUAAAAGGGGAAACAAGCUUUGAAAUUAUUGAGAACGGAUCUAGCGACAACCAACGUCGCUACAUGCAGAUCGACCCUCUUUCCGGCAAUGGCGACUUAGCGAAUGGCUCUGGCGACGCUGUAGACAUGGCUGGGCUUCUUGAGCAAGUGCAGGGACUUAGCACGGAGAACCUGCGUCUGCAAGCAACUCUGAAAGACAACAACUCUCAACUACGCAUGAAAAUGGAAGAACUGAACGGAAUAAAGUCGAAGCAGGAAGAGGCGUUUCAGCGAAUCUUGACACAGCAAGAGAGUAAUAAGGCGAAGAUGCAGGGGAUGACAAGCAGGCAGAAAGAAUUAGAAACGCAGCUGGAAGUCGAAAGGGCAGAGAAAGAGAAGCUAGCGAGACAACGUGAUGAAUACUCUAACUACAGCAAAUUUGUACACGAGUUGCAAGAACAACUUCAGCAUGCCUCAAAGGAGCAGGAAGAUCUUCGUCGUGAAAAUGCUCGUCUUACAGAGUCUUUAGAGAGACAGAGUGAAACACAACGGAAACUAGAAAACGAUUGUCAGGAAAUGAAUGAGCAGCUGUGCGAGCUUGAAGUGGCCAAUCAGGAGAUGGAUGAACAUGUCAGAGGCCUGGAACUACAGAAAGCAGUGCUCGAGCAGCGGCAGCAGCAGCAAAUGCUACAGUUACAAGAAGGGGAUGUAAAUGUUUCACUGCUUCAACAGAAAGAAGAACUUCUGUCUCAAGUACAGGUUUUUACAAGCGCAAAUCAAGAGCUAAGGCAAAAGGUAACACAAUUAGAACAAAAUGUUGAAGAAUUGAAACAAGAACUAGAUCGGAAAGAGAUUGAAACGUCUGAUCGUCAGCGCAGAGGAUUACUUACUUUAGGAUCAAACUAUGAGAUAGUAAAUUUUGGAGCUGAUACAGAUGAGCCUCUUCAACAAAAUUCUGAAAGCUCGAAUGAUGAAAAUCGUUCUGAAAUUCAGCGUUUACAAGAAGAAAAUAAUCGGCUGACUCAGGAGUUGAAGCAAGUACUACAUUUCCAACAAGACAAAGAUUGCCUUACUCAGCAACUGGAAUCAGAUCGAGAGCAACUUCAAAUGGAAAUAAAUAGGCUUCAGCAAGAGGUGGAUGAAGCUCAUGAAGCUGGCAGUUCAGCAGCUCUCUGGAAACAGCAUUGUGAUGAAGUCAUUAAGCAAGCAGAUCAAUUUAGAUUACAGCAAACCAUGAAGGACCGUGUAUUUCAGAAGGAACUAAACGAUUUGGACAAUGAAAAGAAAGAUGUUGAAAGACAACUUGAAAAAGCUCAUGCACAGCUUGAUGACUUAAAGAAUGCUGCAUCGGGGGAGAGAACAGAAGAUAUUUAUACAAGGAUCCAACAGUUAGAAACUGAAAACAAGGAUCUACAAUUGCAGUUAAGGUUUCAACAGUUGGAUGUUGGUGAGGGUAAAGAUGAAUCAGGAUUUGAGCAAGAUGCAUCUAAAUUGAGAGAAGAGAUAAGUAGCUUGAAAGAUAGGCUGGAACAGCAAGAUCUUGAGCUAAAGGAGGUGUUAAGCCAAGAUGAGCAACGUGCUCAUGAGUAUCAAAAGGAAAAGGAAACAUAUAAGCAGUGCAUAGCAGAGCUGGAGAGACGUUUAGCUGAUGCAAACUGUGACCUGAAAAAGGUAUUGGAUGAAGCUGACGAAGUUCGAACUGAGGCACUAGCAAAACAAGAAUAUGAGCUAAAUAUGCAAUUCCAAGAACAGAGGUUGGAAUUACAGAAUGAAUGGGAAGAAACUAAAGAAAUGCUUCGCAAAGCAGUCAAGGACAAGAGGGUUAUGCAGGAAAUGUAUGAGCAGCAAUCAAAGCCACGACCUGUUCCUGUUCCAAGGGCUCGUCCAGAAAUUGUAAAGCAGUUGCAAGAGAAGACUGAAGCUCUGAAUGAGGAGAUUUCAAUUUUGAAAGAAAAGAACUCAGUCUUGCAACGAGAAAAACACGAAAUAAUGCAACAAAUGGAUCAUUUAACACAGCAAAUGGGGGGUUUGCGUAGACGUGUGAAUAAUGAACUAGAUGAGAGAAAUGAGCAAGCUGGCAUAAUUAAGUUACUUGAACAGGAACGAUCAAGCCAGGCCAGAGAGAACGAGCAAUUGAAGCAGCAGUUUGUCACUCUUUCUGAUUAUUCUCGUGCUCUACAAGAGAAGCUAGAUGAUGCUCUUCGAAAGCGAGAUUUGGAGCUAGAGAAGAGUGAAGAAUUGGAUCACCGCAUAACAGAAGCACGGCAACAGAUCAACAUAGAACGACAGACAUCUUCAGCUGAAGUAAGUCAUCUGCAACAGCAAAUACAGAUGCGCGAUGCUGAGUUUCGUCAGCUGCAAGAGUACAGCCAGCAGCAGCAGCAACAACAACAGCAACAGCAGCAACAACAGCAGCAACAGCAGCAACAGCAGCAACAACAACAGCGCUCUUUCCAAGAUGCAUAUGAUAAAUUGAGGGCGGAACGUGAUGCUGCUCUACGUGACAAGCAGCAAGGCAGUAGACGGUACGAGGAAUUGUCGAAUCAAUGUGAGAUGCUUCGAAAGCAAAAAGAACAAGUGGAACACCAGCGUAGGAUCAUACAAAACAGCCUCGAUCAGAUAACAGCUCAAUUGAUUUCUGACGAAGAAUUGAUUGGAAAUAAGGAUGAUGCCAUUAAACUAAUGGAACAGGAAAAGAAAGAUAUGGAAGCAGAAAUACACGAUCUGCAGAAGAAAGCAAGGAGAAUUCCUCUUCUUGAGCAGCAGAGUGAAAUAUGGAAAGGAGAUUUUGAAGCCGAACGCGAAGCAAGGGAAAAGGUAGUAAAAGACAAAGAAAUGAUAUUUCAAGAUGCUGCUGAUCUUCGAGAUGAGAAUCGACGUCUCGUAGAUGAAAUUGAAUCAUUGAGAGGUGACCGUCUGCGUGAGCUGCAUCGUCGCAGGGCUGAUACAGGGUAUCAGCAACACAAUAAUGGGGUUCCGUCAAAUUUUCACCGUGACAGAAGCAAUGUGGAAUAUGCUGUUCCAAAUGCUAUGGCUGCCCCUCAUGCUGAUAGGAAUGAGUUUCAGCAACAGCCAGAAUCAUUGCAAGGUGGGACAACACAAGUGGUAUGUCCUCUCUGUCAACUUGAAUUUCCCGAUAUGGAUACAUUCAACAUUCAUGCAAAUGACUGUAUUCAGUAGGUGAUAUUAUGUUAGCCAUGCUUAGAAUUUAUUCGCGUACGUUCCACUGCUCUGCAUGUAAGUGAUGGAACAAUCACCAGCAUAGUUUUCUGGUGACGCAGCUAGGUUUGCAGUUAGUAUUAUACCCAUAUGACAUGUUUA